AGAAGUACGCUGAAUUUUAAUUAAAAUCACGUUAAAAUGCCGAGAGGGUAUCCAUUUCUUAACUACCAGAAAAAUUAUGUAUUAUAUUUAUACACGCACAUAACCAAUUGAUUAAAUUUUCAAACAAAAGCCUUUGUUUUUUAGUCUGAUCUCAUCGAGUUUGACUCCUGCCUCCUUUUAAGACGUUGUGCACUUGUUACGCACACUGUUAUUUUCUCUGCUCUUAAUCAUCAUUAUGUGCUAAUGUUGUGACAGAUUCUUUUAGAGAGAGAAACACAGAGAAAGAGAGAGAUUGUUGAGAAAUGGCAGGUGGAGGAUUUGUGAGUGGAGCGCCAUCUGACAGGGCUCAUCUUUAUGAGUAUAGGAUUACUGGGUAUUUCAUAUUUUCUUGCAUUGUUGCAGCUCUUGGAGGUUCUCUGUUUGGAUAUGAUCUCGGUGUUUCAGGUGGGGUAACUUCCAUGGAUGAUUUCUUGAAGGAAUUCUUCCCCAAAGUGUAUCGGAGGAAGCAGAAGCACCUCAAAGAGACUGAUUACUGCAAAUAUGACAACCAGAUUCUCACACUCUUUACGUCAUCCUUGUACUUUGCUGGUCUUGUUUCCACAUUUGCUGCUUCCUAUGUUACCAGGAACAAAGGCAGGCGUGCCAGCAUCAUUGUUGGAUCGAUCUCCUUCUUUUUAGGCGCAAUUCUAAAUGCGUUUGCAGUUAACAUUGCGAUGCUGAUCAUGGGACGAAUCUUUCUCGGCAUUGGCAUUGGAUUUGGCAACCAAGCAGUUCCUUUAUACCUUUCAGAAAUGGCUCCUGCGAAAAUUCGAGGAGCAGUCAACCAGCUGUUUCAGUUGACAACCUGCCUAGGAAUCCUAAUAGCUAACUUGAUAAACUACGGAACUGAAAAGAUCCAUCCAUGGGGCUGGAGAUUGUCUCUCGGUUUAGCCACGGUGCCAGCAACUCUCAUGUUUAUUGGGGGACUGUUCCUUCCCGAGACUCCAAACAGUCUCGUGGAGCAAGGCAGAUUAGAAGAAGGAAAAGAAGUACUUAAGAAAGUUAGAGGCACCUCAAAAGUUGAUGCAGAGUUUGCUGAUCUCAUCGACGCGAGUGAAGCAGCACGGGCUAUAAAGCACCCUUUUAGGAAUCUCUUACAAAGAAGAAACCGUCCUCAGCUCGUAUUAGGGGCUCUGGGAAUUCCCGCAUUCCAACAGCUCACUGGCAUGAACUCCAUUCUCUUCUAUGCUCCUGUCAUAUUCCAGAGCUUAGGUUUCGGUUCGGGGGCAUCUCUGUAUUCGUCUGUAAUCACCAGUGGAGCCCUUGUGGCCGCCACAUUUAUUUCAAUGGCUUUUGUUGACAAGUUUGGCAGAAGAGCUUUCUUCUUAGAAGCUGGUGCUGAAAUGAUUUGCUGCUUGAUUGUUGUGGCCGUAACGCUUGCUCUAAAAUUUGGACAAGGAGAGACCCUACCAAAAGGAGUUGGCAUUUUGCUUGUUAUUGUGAUUUGUCUAUUUGUUUUGGCUUAUGGAAGGUCAUGGGGCCCUCUGGGGUGGCUGGUUCCCAGCGAGCUCUUCCCGUUGGAAACUAGAUCAGCUGGACAGAGUGUUGUCGUCUGCGUUAACCUCUUCUUCACAGCUCUUAUAGCUCAGUGUUUCCUAGUAUCACUUUGCCAUCUUCAAUACGGGAUUUUCCUGCUCUUUGCUGGCUUAAUAUUCAUUAUGAGCAGCUUCAUCUUCUUCCUCUUGCCAGAAACAAAGCAAGUUCCUAUUGAAGAGAUUUAUCUUCUGUGGCAAAACCAUCCAUUCUGGAAAAGAUACGUAAACGAUGGGGAGCAAGUUGAUGGGAAGUCAGGAUCAAGAGUUUAGUUUACCAAAGGAAAAAGAACAUUGUCCAAAAUUGAUGUUUUAUAACUUGUUUUCUAAAUGCAAUUUAUGAAUAUUAAA